GGUGGAGCGUUUGGCAGAAGGAGGAGGUGAGGCCUCCUCUUUCGUACAGUGGCAGAAGAAUAUGCGAGAGAGGGACCUUCAGGAGGAGCUGGCCAAGCUUGAGCAAAGGCGUCUGGAGGGACUCAUCAGUCACAAGGAGGCAGMMAUUGCCMGAAUAAACAUCAUGGARAGCAACCAGAAGGCCGCUCAGCUCAAGAAAGAAGAGACAGCUCAGCUGAUGAGGGAAUAUGCUGAGAAGAGGUUGCAGGAAGAGGAAGAACUGAGGGACUUGGUACAACAAGUGGCAGAAGGACACAAGAACUCAAAAAUGGCCAAAGAGAAGUUACAGAAAUUCAAGCAAAGUAUAGUGAGAGAAGUCUCAGGGCAAAGUCAAGCACUCCUUCGACAAGCACUGGAGGAAGCACAGGCAGAACUGAGCAGGAAGUUUCAAACCAUCCUUGAAAUCCGUGCCAUUGAGUCACUUCCUCACAUCAGAAUGAAAUAUUUUGACGACACAAAGACUGCAGGACAUGAACUGAUGGGAGAGAUGUCCAUGAUUGAGCUGAAGUUGCGACUGGCCCACCUGAAGGAAGUCCAGCAAACAGAGCAGCAGAAGAAACGUGAGAACAUCCUGGAGGAGAAGCAGAAAAAGAAGCAGCUGCUGUUGGAGGAGGUGGAGCUCAAUAACCUCCACAUGAGAGCAAUGACACAGGUUGCAGCCAUCAGGAAAGAGAAGGAGAGGAAGGCCAGCCUGGAUCUUCAGAAGAAAGUUGCUCAAGACAAGAGAGUUUUGGCUAUGCAGAAGAAGCUUGAGGAAAAACAGCAAGAGCAGCGAAGGCUGGAGCAAAUCAAGAGCAGCAAGGCCAAAACCGCUGAACAAACAACAGUGCAUGCAGGGACAUGUGACAAAAAAACCAAGACGGCGGAGGAGAUUUGUGAGUCGAUGACAAAGAAUUUAGAGCAGUUGAUCCAGAGGGGCUUUUAACUUUCAGACCGGGACGAUCAUCAGUGUAUCUGCUGCCAGGAGAGAAAACUGUUUCAUUUCUGCAUUGCGCCAUUGACACACUGGAGGCACAUAAAUUAUAUAUUAUAUAUGUUAUAAAUGAUCAAAUAUGAAUCCUUUUGAGUUUCCUGCUGUUCUCCUGGAGUUUGAAUUUCACAGAUUUUUCCCCCUACACCAUGAAAUUUCCCCAUCUGCCCAUCCACUGUAACAUAUAUCAGUUGUGUUAAACACAAGCACACAGUUCCUGGUAACAGGAAGGUGUUUGCGCACAGUCAAAGCAUGGAUUCACCUGAAGAGCAAGUUGAAGCGAAAAAAAACGCCCACGAUUACCUAAAGCAUAGGUCACCAAUAGGCGGACCGCGGCCCGGACCAGACCAAGACGCCGUUCUAUAUGGGCCCAGACCUGUUAUUAGAUUCUGAUGAACCAUUUUUAUUUUAACCGAAACAACGGUUUUGCAUUUACAGUAGUCUUAUUUUAACCUACGCAGCUUUAUCCUUCUUUCCAGUAGUAAAUCCUGGAAGCCCAUGGUUGAGUUUACUGCUGUUACUGAACAACAGAAAGUGGGAACAAAAAGAAAAGAUGUUAAAGCUAUUUAAAAGUUAGUUGAGAUUGUUUAUAUGUGUAAUAAAGUUAUAUUCUAAGAGCAAAGAAGAA